CCACAUCCAUAUCCAGAACCACUAGUCGUGCUUCAUGGUACUACUCAAGGUGCUGCUUUAGCAUGUUAAGAGUUGUCGCUCUUGGCCAUAAGUUUGCCCAGGUGAUAGGAGACAUGAAUGUGAGUGAACCCCUCAGCACUCAGGCAUCCCUCUUGAAUCGAGAGCACACGCCAUGUGAAUCAUACUAAAAAAGUGGACAAUGGCAGACCUCGAACUUCGUAUUAACGAACUACUACCAUGGCCGAGCUCUCGAGAGAAGAUCUGCCGCCUUCAGAUAGCCCACACCUCGUCAUCCGGCACCCUACAGCAGAAGAGUGCACCACAAUCUCCACCAAUACCUCCAUCGAGUGGAAAGACUCGCUUUCACUCGCACAAUACUUAAACGAAGGUCAAUGGCUUGCCACAGUCCCUUUAGCCCGGGAUGGAGGAAUGACAACAUGGAUCUUGGUCCACCAGGAUAAAGCUCCAGGCGAACGUCAAAUACUAUGCUCUUGCGAGAGCUUCUCCAAACGCUCACUCACGAGCAAUAACAACGGUACUAUGAGCGAGAACAUUGUGCAUGGUGUGGCCAGUGUCUUCUGUCCGAGCGAGUACCGCGGUCGAGGGUAUGCGGCACGCAUGAUGCGUGAGCUAUCGCGGAUUCUGUACACCUGGCAGACAGAAGGACACCAAUGUGUAGGAAGUACGCUGUAUUCCGACAUAGGCAAGGAUUUCUAUGCGAAACUGGGCUGGCUACCCAACUCCACGAAUUCGCACAUCGAGCUACAACCCAGCGUCAUCGUGCGGCCUUCGCUUGCUACACCAGUCAUUGAGGAUGAGCUGGAUGCUUUGUGCAAGCGGGACGAGGAACUGGUACGGUUCCGCAUGUCAUUACCCACGCGAGAGGCGAAAAGUCGCUUUACGAUCAUCCCAGAUCUUGAUCAUAUGCUCUGGCACAUGUCCAAAGAAGAGUUCGCUACUAAACACCUCUUUGGCAAGAUACCCGGUUCGAAAGGAGCGAUAGCUGGCCCGCCAGGCAGCCAAGUCUGGGCGCUUUGGACGCACCGAUACUACAGUCACCCCGAUGCCAGCACGCCACGGAACGUUCUAUACAUACUUCGGCUAGUGAUGGAGGUGGAUGAGACCGCAACAAGGCUAUCUUCUGAUGCAACGAAACGACCUGAGCCUGCCAUGUACGAGCAGCAGACAGUAUAUCUUCGCGCGGUUCUGCAGGCAGCUCAGGCUGAAGCCAAAGAAUGGAAACUUGAUGUCGUCAAGCUAUGGGACCCUACACCCUUGGUCCUAGAGAUGCUGACUCAAAGUGGUCUAGAGUACGAGGUCGCCGAACGGGAGAAUAACAGUAUCGCUAGCCUACUUUGGUACGAUUCAAACGGUGAUAUCAGCGACGAGAUACCGCUGUGGCUGAACAACGAGCAUUACGCGUGGCAAUGACAGUUGGAAGGCCUGGUGCCCAUGGCAUUUAAGUGUUACAUGUAGUGCCGAUCGCACUGCGCAAUGUACUCUCUGAUCCAUGCCCCGACAAGGCCGCCGUAAUCGUCGUCUCGGCUUCCAUAUCGUGGGACGAGCCGAUGGAUAGACAAGCCUGCGAAGCUGAAUCGCUCUGGAGGCUAGGCUAGUGUAUUUGCUGGGUACGCACCGGACGGGUCAUGCUG